AUGAGCAGCAGCCUGACCGCAACGAAUACCAGUGCAACCAGCACAUUAUUGACAGAAUAUGGCACCACUGGCACUGGCACUGAGACUACCACCACAACCAUAGUUUCUGUUGCACGGUUGGAGGGUUGUGUGGGUUUGUCAGUUUCGGAUCCGGAGCUCUUUUCAGAAGAUGCAGUUUCUGCGAUGAAGCAGGUUUUCGCACGGGCUGCUGGUGGAGUGAACGUGGACUAUGUGCAUGUCUUCAUAACGGCUGGCAGCAGCUGUGAGUCUGGCCGGCGGCUCUUCUGGGCUCACAGGCGGCUGCAAGAAAUUGUGAGGGUAGACUAUGUCAUCAUUUUCCCUGCAUCCAUUGGGGAAGGAGAAGCACUUAAUCAAGCUGAAAACGGCAAAGCUGCCCUGGAGCAAAUUUCCUCGUCCGAAAUCAAUGCCUUGAUGACUGAGGAAAUCAGUCUGGUGCCAUCCCUGUCAGGAUUGAGUGCUUUGAUCACAACAAGCCCAACAGUUGUGAUGACAGUCAGUACCAGCACAUCCACAACAUUGUUUGCCACCUCUGCCACUGCAACCAGCAUGACUGCCACCGAGACAAUAACCAGUGCCAGCGCAACAACAUCCCAGACCACCAACACUGUGACCGCCACAAGUCAAAGCACCACUGGCACAAGUACCACCUACUCUGGCAGCAGCAUGACAGGAACUGCUACAAGCGCAACCAGCACUUCCAGCAGUAUCACUGCAAGCACAUCAUUGACGACGCAUACUGCAACUGGCACUGCAACCAGCAUCAGCGCCACCGAGACAAUAACCAGUGCCAGCGCAACAACAUCCCAGACCACCAACACUGUGACCGCCACAAGUCAAAGCACCACUGGCACAAGUACCACCUACUCUGGCAGCAGCAUGACAGAAACUGUUACAAGCGCAACCAGCACUUCCAGCAGUAUCACUGCAAGCACAUCAUUGACGACGCAUACUGUGACUGGCACUGCAACCAGCAUCAGCGCCACCGAGACAAUAACCAGUGCCAGCGCAACAACAUCCCAGACCACCAACACUGUGACCGCCACAAGUCAAAGCACCACUGGCACAAGUACCACCUACUCUGGCAGCAGCAUGACAGAAACUGCUACAAGCGCAACCAGCACUUCCAGCAGUAUCACUGCAAGCACAUCAUUGACGACGCAUACUGCAACUGGCACUGCAACCAGCAUCAGCGCCACCGAGACAACGACCAGUGCCAGCGCAACAACAUCCCAGACCACCAACACUGUGACCGCCACAAGUCAAAGCACACUGGCACAAGUACCACCUACUCUGGCAGCAGCAUACAAUGACCAGUGCCAGCGCAACAACAUCCCAGACCACCAACACUGUGACAGCCACAAGUCAAAGCACCACUGGCACAAGUACACCUACUCUGGCAGCAGCAUGACAGAAACUGCUACAAGCGCAACCAGCACUUCCAGGAGUAUCACUGCAAGCACAUCAUUGACGACGCAUACUGCAACUGGCACUGCAACCAGCAUCAGCGCCACCGAGACAACGACCAGUGCCAGCGCAACAACAUCCCAGACCACCAACACUGUGACCGCCACAAGUCAAAGCACCACUGGCACAAGUACCACCUACUCUGGCAGCAGCAUGACAGAAACUGCUACAAGCGCAACCAGCACUUCCAGCAGUAUCACUGCAAGCACAUCAUUGACGACGCAUACUGUGACUGGCACUGCAACCAGCAUCAGCGCCACCGAGACAAUAACCAGUGCCAGCGCAACAACAUCCCAGACCACCAACACUGUGACCGCCACAAGUCAAAGCACCACUGGCACAAGUACCACCUACUCUGGCAGCAGCAUGACAGAAACUGCUACAAGCGCAACCAGCACUUCCAGCAGUAUCACUGCAAGCACAUCAUUGACGACGCAUACUGCAACUGGCACUGCCACCAGCAUCAGCGCCACCGAGACAAUGACCAGUGCCAGCGCAACAACAUCCCAGACCACCAACACUGUGACAGCCACAAGUCAAAGCACCACUGGCACAAGUACCACCUACUCUGGCAGCAGCAUGACAGAAACUGCUACAAGCGCAACCAGCACUUCCAGGAGUAUCACUGCAAGCACAUCAUUGACGACGCAUACUGCAACUGGCACUGCAACCAGCAUCAGCGCCACCGAGACAACGACCAGUGCCAGCGCAACAACAUCCCAGACCACCAACACUGUGACCGCCACAAGUCAAAGCACCACUGGCACAAGUACCACCUACUCUGGCAGCAGCAUGACAGAAACUGCUACAAGCGCAACCAGCACUUCCAGCAGUAUCACUGCAAGCACAUCAUUGACGACGCAUACUGUGACUGGCACUGCAACCAGCAUCAGCGCCACCGAGACAAUAACCAGUGCCAGCGCAACAACAUCCCAGACCACCAACACUGUGACCGCCACAAGUCAAAGCACCACUGGCACAAGUACCACCUACUCUGGCAGCAGCAUGACAGAAACUGCUACAAGCGCAACCAGCACUUCCAGCAGUACCACUGCAAGCACAUCAUUGACGACGCAUACUGCAACUGGCACUGCCACCAGCAUCAGCGCCACCGAGACAAUGACCAGUGCCAGCGCAACAACAUCCCAGACCACCAACACUGUGACCGCCACAAGUCAAAGCACCACUGGCACAAGUACCACCUACUCUGGCAGCAGCAUGACAGAAACUGCUACAAGCGCAACCAGCACUUCCAGCAGUAUCACUGCAAGCACAUCAUUGACGACGCAUACUGUGACUGGCACUGCAACCAGCAUCAGCGCCACCGAGACAAUAACCAGUGCCAGCGCAACAACAUCCCAGACCACCAACACAGUGUCUUGUGCCAGCGGCUUCCUGGGCGGGACGAGCAUUUACACCUGCACUUCACAGGAGAUGGGCGACUCAGCCGAGUACUAUUGCAACCCAUCUACAGGAGAAUUUGAGGGCCCAGCAGUGACCUGUACGAAGAUCUCGUGCAACGUUGACCAGCUCCCGAGUGGUUUUGACUCCUCUGGAUGUUCAAACCUUGUGGCUGGAGACUUUUGCUUGGUGUCGUGCCAGCAGGGUUUCAUUCCGGCAGAAGAGAAGUACACUUGUGGAGUGGAUGGGAACUUCUCGGGAACACCGCCCCAGUGUGAACGUGUGAUUUGUCCAGCAGAUACAUUGCCAGUGGCUCCCGGAGUCAAUGUGAGUGGCUGUAUUGGGACAGUCAGUGGCGCUUCAUGCGAGGUUGCCUGUGAAUUGGGAUAUCAAGGCAGUGCUUCAAUGUAUUCGUGUGGCCUAGAUGGAGCUUUUACAGGGACAGCUCCAGUCUGUGAAAGGAAAACAUGCGCCCUUCCUGACAGCUUCAGUACUUACAGCCACACCUGCGAUGGCAUUCAGCAUGGAGCUGGCUGCACCAUUUCCUGCGCUGCCGGAUACUCUGGCUCGUCAACGGAGCAGGUGUGCAGCGAUGGAAGUCUCUUGGGUGAUUUGCCCAGCUGCACACCAGACAGUUGCUCCUUUGCUGGGAUGAACAUCCCAACGGCCAUUGAUGUUUCUCCGUGUGUGGGUGCUGUGAGUGGGCAGACUUGCGACGUGCAGUGUCAGAGGGGUUACCUUGCAGUGGGAUCUCUGACAGUGCAAUGCCUGAGUUCUGGCAGCUUCACUGCAAUCUCUGCAUCCUGCGAGCCACAGCCCUGUGGAAAUCUCACUGACCUCCAGCCCUUUGCGACCAGUGACAUUGGACAGUCCUGCGAUGGGGUCGUGGCGGGACAGGUGUGUACUGCAUUUUGCCAAGCCGGAUACACCAUCUCUGGCAAUGCCACUGUCUUGAUUUGCGGAGAAGGGCCUGACAGCAGCAAUGGCUACACUGAGUUUAUGCCUGGAACAGAGGACUCCUUGCCUGCAGAGCAGUCGACCGGCCCAGACUGUGCUAUCAACACCUGCACAGAAGGUGUGCCUGACAACCCGAUGCUCAGCCACAACUGCAGCAAUGUAGCAACAGGGCAGCGAGGCUUGGUGGAUGCAGUGGUGCCUUACCAGCUGACUGGAGGUGCUGUUGAGCUCACCUGUGAAGCAAGUGGACACCUUACAGGGACCAUUCCAGCUAUCAUCCCGGCAGUUUGUCCAUCUAUAUCCUUUGGUACUGGGGCAGGCAGCACAUGUGAUCAGAUUGAGUAUGGCGGUGACUGUUGGGCGUAUUGUCAGAGUGGCUACGAGGGCACGGCGCGUCAAUAUCGCUGCGAGUUGGUUGAUGGAUCUGUUCAGCUGCAGAGCGUCGUGGCCGACAUCAGCUGUGCAACCGUCACUCAGACGGUCACCACCACUGCAGCAAGGCGUUUGGCGUCGCUGGAUCCAUGUCCAGCCACUUCAGUGACACAGGUUGGACUAGGGGAUCAACAAUAUCUGCAUGAUUGCACUGACAAACUGCAUGAUGAGGCUUGCAUUGCACACUGUGGCUUUGGAUAUGACAUGCAAGAGUCCGCCCCUGUGGUCUUUACGUGCCAGAACAGUGCCCUGGUGGGAUCAGGUUUGCCCACAUGCGUGGGGAGGACAUGCAACUAUGCCUUGCCAACUGGACUUGGGGUUUCCCACGAUUGUACUUCAAAAACAACGGGGCAAACCUGCGAAGCUUCCUGUGGUCAAGCCGGAUACACCUACGCAUCAAACAGCAACCAGCAGCAGUUCACGUGUUUGGGCUCUGGUAUUUUUGAAGGUGUAGCCCCAACCUGCGAACCCAUUUCAUGUACGGAUUUGGAUGUGGGCAGCAGGUUUUCCCACAAUUGCAGAGGAAAGCGUUUCGGAGAAACCUGCGGAAUCAGCUGCGCUACUGGUUAUCACAAAUCGGGUUGGGGAUCACAGCUGACAUGCUCAUCAGAUGGGACCUUCACAGGAUCACUGCCCAGUUGUGUUGGGAAUCCUUGCGCCAAUUCUCUUGUUUCCGACUGGAGCUUGGACUCAGAUCAGUGCAAUGGGCUUGCCACUGGACAAACCUGCACGGUCAGUUGCAAGGCUGGCUUCACUCCGAAUUCCGCGACCAUGGUAUGUGAUGCCACAGGCUUUCUGACUGGAACCGUACCCGCAUGCACACCAUUGACUUGCGAAACAAGCUCGGAGCUUUCGGAUGCAUCUAUUAGGCAUACCUGCAAUCAGGUCAGUUUCAACCGAAGCUGUGCUGUAACAUGCGCAGCAGGUUACAAGCUCACAUCAGGCACAGCGCAAGAGUGGAGCUGCAAUUGGAACCCAACUUCUUCCUCUCUGUCCCUUUCCGGGUCACUCCCUGCUUGUGAAGCAGACCUGUGUACGUCUGGCUUGCCCACAGAUAGUGAGCGAACGAUUGCAAAUUGUUCAAGUCUGAGAACGGGUGAGACGUGCCAGCAGCGGUGUGCAUCAGGAUAUGUUGGUACAGAUGCAGCUUUCACCUGUGAAAGUGAUGGUGCUGCCCGGACAGCAUCCUCGUCUGCACAGUGUCAACCUGUGACCUGCAAUUUGACUGUCUCAGACAGCAGCAUUGGUCACGUAUGCACUGACGUCGCCUUCGGAUACAGCUGCUCUGCUUUUUGCAACAAAGGCUAUACCUCCACGAAUGGCGUCCAAACUCUGACCUGUGCCGGUCCCGAAUCGGGAGGAUCUGCGGUUGGCAAUGCAGACAAUGCCAGCAUUACGCUCAGAGGGUCCUUACCUGUGUGUUUGGGUCAAGUGUGCUUCUUCAACUUUCCCACGGGAUCUCAAUUCACUCACAAUUGUGAUGGGAUCAGAACAGGUGAAUCAUGCACAAGCUCCUGCGUGGAUGGUUGGGACGGCCAGUCCACGACCCUCACUUGUGGAGUUGAAGGUGGUCUGCAGGGCAGCUUCCCCGUUUGCACACUCCAAACAGUGACGAAGACAGCCACACAGACAAGCACGACCCGAACCAGUACAGACUUUGAGCUGCAAAUCAAUGUGGCUGGCACCCUCCGUUUGAAUGUGAAUAAUUCUAAUGCCUUCAUUCAGGAUGUCGAUGCGCAGCGCGUGGUUGGGGAAGUGAUCGCUGGGCUCAUUGGGGUAAGCGUGGAGCAGCUUCAGUUGUCCCUCACUGCUGUUGUGUCGUCCGGGCGGAGGCUUGCUUUUGGAGGAGUGCAGGCGGCCUACUCGACAUGGUUUGUGGCUGACACACAGGAAAUGGCAGAUGCCUUGGGCAACAACAUCACUGCCCAGCUGGAUGCAGCAGGUGUGCCACUUCUGCAGCAACUGCUUGUGGAUGCCAUGACCCAGAUUUCCAGCGACAAGGUGGCAUUCUAUUCUGUGGAGGUUUUGGCACACAAUGCUGAUAUCAUCGUCGGCACGCGCAAGCAAGAAACGGUUGCGAAAUCGGUCGCAGUUCUUUGCAAUCCAUCAACAUUUCCUGUCAUCACAGGUGCAGGGCCCUUCGACUGUCAGGAACCACAAAUUUUGGGUCAAAGCUGCAGAGCUCCUUGCGACUCCGGUGCUGAGUUUGCGGUGAUCACCUGUGAAGAGCAGGGCUGGACGCUGCAAGAUGAGUGUCCCACGGAGUCAUACCUCUUGGUCAUCAUAUUUGCAUCUGCUGCUGCUCUUUGCUGUUUGAUCAUUACCUGCGUGGUUCUUUGCGCAUGUCGUGGGGGCGGUAAGACAGCACCAGAAGUUAUAGAUGAGCCACCUCCACUACCGCAGCCUUUGCCAUCCAUUCGCGACGUUCCUCAGCCCGAGAACUAUGAUACCGGCUACUACAGUUGGGCAGAGAGAUGGGAGCAAAGCAGACAAAACCAAGGUACGGAUAUUCCAUUGGUGGCUCCAGCUUCUCUGACAAACACUGUACCUGACAGUGAGAUGGACAGGUCGCCUCAGGCCAUCCCAAUGCCACCUGAACGGCCACCACCGGUGGAACAACAGAAGUCGUCGCCGUUGAUUCCUCCACCGUUGCCGUCGCUGGCAAGGCGGGAUGGCACUUCUCCCAAAGAAGGUGAAGUGCAACUGGAUGUGAAAGCUGAUAGUGAGCCUGAGCAAAUCAUUGUGAGCCAACCAGAGGAUCUCAGAGAGGUGGCUCAGCAGGAAGAUCUUCCCACCCUGGAGGACCUGGAUCUCACCACGGUAGAUGCACCCAUGACGUUACAUGUGCAGCGCAUUAGUGGAAGCUUGCUGGCAAAGAUCACUUCCACCUCCAAGCAGACGGUGGCAGAGCUCAUCAGCUCCAUCAAAGAGGUCGCGGGACCGGGGAUGAAUUUGACCCUGACUUGCAGCACAAAGGUGCUGCGGCCCGAGCAGACGUUGGAGGAAAUCGGUUUGUAUGAUGGCAGUGUUGUCACGGCCAUCAGACAGCCCGAGCUCUUCGUUGCUGCGGCCUUUGAAGAUGGCACUGCAGCUGUUUGGAGUGUGGAAUCCGGCAAGCUGGAGAGGAGCUUUGAGUGUAGAUAUGGCUCAGUGAAAUCGGUGACAUUGGCGCAGCCUGGACUAAUACUGGUUCUGGGCAUGGUGGAUGGCACAGUACAGCUGUGGAACGUUGUCACUGGAAAGUUCAUGAGGCAGUUCAGUGGCCACAUGGGGGCCAUUUUCUCCGUGGCAAGUUCACCCAAUGGCAAACUAUUAGCCACUGGAUGCUUCGACGGGACAUCUAAGCUGCUGAACACAGAGACUGGCAGAGUAAUUCGAGUUUGCUCCGGACAUCGGGGUAGCAUCAAGAGUCUGUGCUUCAGCACCGACUCGCGGACUUUGGCGACUGGAUCAGAGGACUGCAAUGUGAAGCUUUGGAAGGUGUUGGAUAGAUCUGGCGAGCUGACCCUUUCCGGUCACACCAGCACCAUCACGGCGAUCUCUUUCUCGCACUAUGGAAAGGCGCUUGCUUCUGGUGCUGAAAACGGAGAGGUGAAUGCUUGGUCAGCGGUUUCUGGGCGGUUGGUCUGGGAACUGCCGCGGGCCAGUUCCGCAGUGAAGUCCUUGGCGUUUUCGCGCGACGGCGUGUCACUUGCAGUGGGUGCUUUCGAUGGAGAGUGCACGUUCUACAGUGCAACAACCCGAGCAUGCACCAGCAGGGUCCAGUGUACAACGCCAUCACCAUUCCACAGCAUGGGCUUCUCUCCUGCGGGGCAUUUGUUCAUAUGUGGAACCGAAGCUGGAGAGCUGCACGUCUACGGCACUGAGGACGGAGAGAGCCGAAAAGUGCUAGAGGCUUGUGCAGCUCCAUCAAUGAUUUCUCCUGUCGCUGCAGUUGCAGUUUCCGCAGGACCUGUGCCCAAAAAGCCAAAGGGAAGCCGGCGUCGUAGUGAUCUUGCUGUAACAGACAGCGAAUUGCCCGAAGCGCCCCCAGACGAGUAA